UAGGUAAGGGCUCAAAGUAAGAUACAAGCCGGUUGGCUGUCUAACUAGGAAUAAUAUGCGUCAGAUCCCUACUGUGUUUUAUAUGUUUUAACAGUAAAGUUGUAAUGUUUUUUGAGUUGUUUUUAAUUUGUGCGUUGCCUUAUGUUUUAAGUGAAGAUGUUCCUAUAGGAGCCCUAUUUGAAAAUGAUGACAAUCUGGAAAAAGCCUUUAAUUUUGCUAUUGAAGACAUUAAUAAAAAUGAUAACGAUGCCGAAUUUACAUUUACUGCUGUGGUUCAGAAUAACUUAACAAAAUAUAACACUUAUGCAGUCAUGAAAAAUGCAUGUACAAUUUUAGAAGACGGCGUGGUAGCUAUUUUUGGUCCUAAAACAUUUGAAAAUAUCGAAGUAGUACAAUCUAUUUGCGACUACAAGGAGAUUCCUCAUAUUGUAACAAGGUGGAAUUAUUGGUCUCAAAGAGGUCAAAUCAUGGUCAAUAUGUAUCCUUAUCCUCAUCAGCUCUCAAAAGCUUAUUAUGAAAUUGUAUCCUCAAAGGAUUGGAAAACAUUUACGGUUUUGUACGAAGAUAACGAAAGUUUAUUGAGGAUAUCAUCUCUGAUUGAGCAUGCGCAAGAUAUUGGUAUUGCUAUACAAAUUUUGCAGUUGGAUCAGUACAAUUCUGGUAAUUACAGAGAAACCAUGAAAACUCUAAAGCUAACAGGACAACAAUAUUUUAUUAUAGAUUGUCAUAUUGAUAAUCUCUAUGAGGUUAUGUCUCAGUUGCAACAAGCUGGACUAAUGAACGAAAAUUUUAAUUUAUUUUUGACAAACCUCGAUGCUCACACCGUAAAUUUAACGCCGUUUCAGUAUAGCAACGCAAAUAUUACAGGGAUCCGAUUAAUAAAUCCAUAUAAAGACUAUGUGCAGACAACGACUCAAGAAUAUUUUAAAGAGGACAUUGACAUUUUUAAAGCUUCUGGGUGGAAACUAAGACUUGAGACAGCUUUAGUAAUUGACGCUCUGCACAUGUUUACAGAAGUAUUUAAAGAAAGGCAAAAGACUAGUUCAGUGCGGAUAAUGAUGAACAAUAACAGUUUUCCAUGUUCUGAGUCUUCAAGCUGGGAGCAUGGAUAUAGUAUUUUAAAUAUGAUUAGGACGCAUUCAUAUGAAGGUCUUACUGGACCCGUAAUAUUUAAUAAUGAAGGAUUUAGAAGCAAUUUUGAAUUAACCAUUUAUGAACUACUUGAAGGUGGUAUAACGGAUAUAGGCACUUGGAAUUCUACAUCCGGGCUUAAUAUUUCUAGACCUUCCACAGCCAGCGAAGAUGAGGAUUUAGAGAGCUUAAAAAAUAUGCACUUUAUUGUACAAAUUACAUUGACUGAACCAUAUGGUAUGCUAAGAUUGACAACAGAUACUGUAAGUGGAAACGACAUGUAUGAAGGUUAUGCGGUGGAUCUUAUUGAUGCCUUGGCUAAAAUGGAAGGAUUUAACUAUACCUUUGUAGUAAGACAGGAUAAAAGUAGUGGUAAUUUUGAUAAAGAAACAAAACAAUGGACAGGAAUGAUAAAAGAUCUUUUAAAUCAUGUUGCUGAUCUGGCCAUUUGUGAUUUUACAAUAACAUCCGAAAGAGAGGAAGUUGUGGAUUUUACAGUUCCGUUCAUGACUUUGGGUGUUUCUAUCUUAUUUAGAAAACCAGAAGACGCCCCGCCCAGUUUCUUUUCCUUUGCGGAUCCUUUCGGACUCGACACUUGGGUUUGCAUGGGAUGCUCGUUUUUGAUAACAUCCCUCGCACUUUACUUAAUAGGCCGAUUAUGUGCCGACGAAUGGACCAAUCCUUUUCCAUGCAUAGAAGAACCGGAAUAUCUUGUUAACCAAUUCAGUCUUAACAACUCUCUUUGGUUUUCAACUGGUGCAGUAUUAGCUCAAGGGUCCGAAAUUGCCCCAAUUGCUUUCUCAUCAAGGACUUGUGCAGCGUUUUGGUGGUAUUUUUGCCUUAUCAUGAACGCUUCAUACACUGCUAAUUUGGCUGCGUUUCUGGCGACUCAGAAUCCUAUAAAAUUAUUUACUGACUUAGAUUCUCUUUAUCAUAAUAAGCAUGGAAUAAAAUAUGGUGCCAAAUUGGGAGGAGCAACUAUACGCUACUUUGCGAAUGCGGAAAACGAAUCUUUACUUUGGAAGGUCGGGCAGUACCUAGGGGAUCAUCCAGAAUUACUACCCACCGAAAAUGAUGACGGAGUACUAAGAGCAGAGCAAGAACUAUACGCGUUUUUUAUGGAAUCAGCUUCCAUUGAAUAUGCUACUCAGAGACAUUGUACCUUACAGAAAUAUGGAGAUAACCUUGAUUCAAAGGGGUACGGCAUAGCAAUGAGAAAAGGAUCUCUUUACAGAAAACGGCUGACUUUAGCCUUACUUAAAUUACAGCAAAACCAUAUUCUCGACGACUUAAAGAAAAAGUGGUGGGAAGACCGUAGAGGUGGAGGUGCCUGUCAGGGUGACACAGAACCUGACGCAGCAGAGCCAAUGAAAAUGGUCAAUGUUGAAGGAUGUUUCUAUUGUACCAUUUACGGAACGUUAAUAGCAGUUAUCUUAGUAUUAAUAGAACAUCUUUUGCAUAUCAUUCGAGUAGGAAAGAAAACAAAAUUGCCAUUUAAAGAAGUUUUUAUACGUGAAUGGCACGCAUACAUUGAUUUUAAUAACGCCAGUAAAGCAAAUUUGAUGAUCGAGGAAAAAUCGCAGGAUGAAGAUAGUCAAAAAGGGGAAGAGGCGAUAGAAGAACAACAAGAAGAGCAAAAAAAGUCAAAAUCAAAAACAAAGUCGCACAAUUCGAGGUCGAGAUCUAGUUCAAUUUCUCGAGCAAGACUGAGACAAAAGAGGAAAUCUGCAAUGAUGAGAGGAAAGUCUACUUCACCAAUGCCUUAUGGAUUUAUGAUACCUGGUUCAGAAGAAAGUUUUAAAUCAUAAAAUGUUUAUGCUUCGUUUAAUAAAAUAUAGGGUGGUAUGUUAAAAGAACUUCGAGUUCUGUGGUACAAGAUUUUGUUCUUUAUCUUCUUAUGUUUUGUUAUUUGCGACGUGUUUUACGUUUGUAGGCAUAGAUUAAAAUUUACUAUAAACAUCUGCUUUAUCCAGAUAUUUUAUUAACAAGUCUUGUUAAAAUUUUAUUAUAUUCCUUUUAUUAUCUUAGAUUUAUUUCUUUAAAGUACACGUUAACUUUUUGUUCUUUA